AUGCUGUUCUCUUCUGCUCCAGUUUAUGGUCUCUUCCAGAAUCUAAUCUAUCAGACCUGGAAGCACAAAGAAUAUGAUUCACCAGUUGUGGACUUUGAUGUGCAGUGGCUACCAGUAUUGCCCUCUCUGACUGGUGGUUCUGUGUCCAUGCCUGGUGACACCCAGCACUUCAUGGUCUGCUGUGGUGUGCAUCGUCAGAUGCAGGUACCUUGUGCAAAGAGGUCAAAUGCAUUGCCAUUUAUCUUGCUCUACAUAUUCCCAAUGCUACUGUCAGAGGCUUGGUUUCCCAAAACUUUACCCUGUGAUGUUAAAUCUUCAGAAGGUACUGUGACAGUGGACUGCACCGACCGGCGCCUUACAGAAGUCCCCAGAGGGAUCCCUGGAAACUCGACCAACCUUACCCUGAGUAUUAACAAUAUUCCCCACAUCUACCCAACAUCCUUUGAUCAUCUUGAAAACCUCCAGGAGAUUGACUUCAGAUGCAACUGUGUGCCUGUCAAACUGGGGCCUAAAGAUCAUGUGUGCACCAGCCCCCUGAAAAUUGAGAAUGGCAGUUUUGCUGCCCUGACAGGAUUGAAGUCAUUGUAUUUGGAUGCAAACCAGCUGUCAGAAAUACCCCGAGGUCUUCCUGCUACUUUAACCUUGCUGAGCCUGGAAGCAAACCACAUCUUUUCUAUCCAAAAAGCCAGCUUCUCAGAGCUAGGAAACAUAGAGGUAUUGUAUCUUGGACAGAACUGUUACUACCGCAAUCCAUGCAAUGUUUCAUUUGAAAUUGAGGAAACAGCCUUCCUGGCACUGAAAAAGUUAACAAUACUAUCCCUCAAGUCCAACAACUUAACACAAAUCCCACCCAAUUUGUCAUCUACUUUAAAGGAACUGUAUAUUUACAACAACAUGAUUCAAGAGGUUCAAGAACAGGAUUUAAGUGGUCUUCCCAACCUAGAAAUUCUCGACCUAAGUGGCAAUUGCCCACGUUGCUAUAAUGCCCCAUAUCCUUGCAUUCCCUGCCCCAAGAGCUCGAUUCAAAUACAUUCAAAGGCUUUUGACUCCUUGGAAAAUUUAAGGAUUUUGCGGCUUCACAGUAACUCUCUUCAGAGCAUACCCAGCAGCUGGUUUAAAAACAUCAAGAAUCUCAAAGAACUUGACCUCUCCCAGAAUUUCCUCAUGAAGGAGAUUGGAGACGCUCAGUUCUUGAAAUUUCUCCCUAGCCUUGUGCAGCUUGAUCUGUCCUUUAACUUUGAGCUGAAGAUGUAUUCUCCCUUCUUGAAUCUUUCUAAGACAUUUUCCUCCCUCUCUAACCUGGAAACCCUGAGGCUCAAGGGUUAUGUCUUUAAAGAACUGAGGGCACAAGAUCUACGGCCACUGCUCAGUCUUAGGAAUCUAACCAUGUUGGAUCUUGGGACUAAUUUUAUUAAAGUUGCAAACAUGACAGUGUUUGAAGAAUUCCCAGCUCUUAAGUUCAUUGACCUCUCAGUGAAUAAAAUUUCUCCUUCUUCAGGGGAAAGCAACUUCUAUGGAUUUUGCUCUAAUCCUGGCAUUUCAGUCGAGCAAUACAACAGGCAAGUACAACAAGAGAUGCAUUAUUUCAGGUAUGAUGAGUAUGAGCGAAGCUGCCGUUCCAAAGACAUAGAGGCUUCUUCCUACCAAUCUUUAGUGAAGGAAGAUUGCCUUAACUAUGGAAAAACUCUAGAUUUAAGCAGAAACAAUGUAUUUUUUGUCAAUCCCUCAGACUUCCAGGGACUUAGCUCCCUCAAAUGUCUCAACUUGUCAGAUAAUGCAAUAAGUCAAACUUUAAAUGGAAGUGAAUUCUCUUACUUGUCUGGAUUGAAAUAUCUUGAUUUUUCUAACAACAGGGUUGAUUUGCUAUUCCAAAUGGCUUUCAAAGAACUAAAAUUUUUAGAAAUUCUAGAUCUGAGCAAUAACCAGCAUUAUUUUCUGGCAGAAGGUGUUACUCAGUUGCUUAGUUUUACGAAAAACCUUGCCCAUUUGAGGAAGCUGAUGAUGAAUGAGAAUGACAUUUCUUCCACUAUUGAUACAGGAAUGGAAAGUCAAUCUCUUCAAAUUUUAGAAUUCAGAGGAAAUCGUUUAGAUGCUUUAUGGAUGGAUGGCAAUGGUAGAUACUUGUCCUUCUUCAAGAAUCUGACCAGCUUGGAAGAACUGGAUAUUUCCUUCAACUCACUCAGUUUUUUGCCUCACGGUGUUUUUGAAGAAAUGCCUCCCGGUCUCAAGAUCCUCAACUUAACAAAUAAUCGACUGAAGAGUUUCAUCUGGGGAAACCUCCCCUCUCUGAAGAACCUAGUAACUCUGGACCUGAGCAAUAACCUUCUGACUAACGUUCCCCGAGAGCUGUCCAAUUGCACUUCAUCUCUCCAAGAACUGAUGCUCCGAAACAAUCGCAUUCAGCGUUUAACUAAAUAUUUUCUCAGAGGUGCUUUUGAACUGAGGUACUUAGACCUCAGCUCAAACAAGAUUGAAAUAAUUAAGAAAUCUAGCUUCCCUGAAAAUGUCAUUAACAACCUGCAGAUGCUGCUUUUGCACGGCAAUCCUUUUAAGUGCAACUGUGAGGCUGUGUGGUUUGUCUGGUGGAUCAAUCGGACGCAGGUGACCAUUCCUCUUCUGGCCACUGACGUCACCUGUGCUGGCCCAGGGGCACAUAAAGGAAAGAGCGUGGUUUUCUUGGAUCUGUACACCUGUGAGCUGGACACGUCGUAUUUGAUCCUGUAUGCUCUGUCAGCUUCGGCCAUCCUUGCCUUGAUGGUGUUCACAGUGAUGAGCCAUCUCUACUUCUGGGAUGUGUGGUACAGCUACCAUUACUGCACUGCCAGGCUGAAGGGCUAUCGGCGCUUGUCUUCACCAGCUGCUUGCUACGAUGCCUUUAUUGCCUACGACAGUGAAGAUCCAGCUGUGAAUGAGUGGGUGCUGCAAGAGCUGGUUGAAAGGCUGGAAAACCAAAAAGCCAGGCAGUUCAAUUUAUGCCUGGAAGGAAGGGACUGGCUCCCAGGACAGCCGGUCUUUGACAACCUUUCCCAGAGCAUUCAGCUGAGCAAAAAAACCAUCUUUGUGCUGACCAACAGGUAUAUUAAAAGCGGCCGCUUCAAGACAACAUUUUAUAUGGCUCAUCAGCGGCUUCUGGAUGAAAAAAUGGAUGUCAUUAUCUUGAUAUUUCUUGAGAAGGUUUUGCAGAAGUCCCGCUAUGUCCGUCUGAGGAAAAGGCUGUGCAGAAGUUCAGUCCUGGAAUGGCCAACUAAUCCUCAGUCUCAGCCUUACUUCUGGCAGUGCUUGCAAAAUGCCAUAGCUAUCAGUAAUUCUCUGGCUUACAACAAGCUUCUCCAAGAAACUGUUUAGCUCUACUCUCCCUGUCAAUAUUGUUAUGA